GACCAGGCCAAAGCAGGGCCAAACACCAAGUCCUGUAGCUCCGUAUCUGCUGUCUGAGCUCCAGUCCCACCCUCCAGGUCUGCUGCCUACAGCACACAAUGAUUCUCCUGGGCCAGCUCUACCGUGUGUCUGAAAUCCUCCUCUGUGGGCAUCCAAUGGUCCUGGCAUCUCCAACUUCCUGAGCACCCUACAUGACCUUGGCUGCUUUCUAGACCUUGGGACCAGUCUCAGCGCCUUGGGUCUGGCUGGGGUCACCUAAUCAAACAGUAAAUAAGAGAACUGACCAGUCUGUCAUCAAGUGGAAUGCAUGUGGCUGGUGUCUGCCUUUGACUCUGCAUGUGCAGAGUAGCUUAGAGACAGGUAGAAGCAGGUUUCCCCCCCCCCUUCGGGGUUAUCAUCCAUACAAUCACACGGGUGAGAGAACAUGGUGAUAUCUCAGUGGUCACAUGACCUCGGUCAUAUCAAGUAACCAUUAUCACAUUAGAGCCCAGAGGAGUUAUAAAUACACUGUCAUAGGGCUCCAAGUGGAGGACAAUGGAGUAAUGACAAUAGAAAUAGCCCACUCUCCACGAGGCCAUCUUCCCCUGCUGAAGAACCCAUUCUGAAAUCCGUCGCUCUGCAAUGGAGAGACGACCAGAGCCAGCUGGGAGAAAGCUGCAGAUCUUGCAGAAGAUGAGCCAAGAGCCACAGAUCAGAGCUGGGACUCCCGAGCUUGCGUUCCACGCUGCACUGCUGGCAGGAGACCUGGACCACAUCCGGCUCCUCAUGGACCAGUGCUUCUGGGAUGCCAACGCGGUGUUUGAGAUCAGUAACGGAGAGAUGGAAUGGCAGGUGACAUCCCUGGCCACCUUUGGGCUCUCAGGCCUUUGGACCCUGGAGUACCAGCGGGAGCUCACCACACCGCUGUGCAUCGCUGCGGCCCACGGCCACGAGUCCUGCGUGCGACACCUGCUCAGUCGCAAAGCUGAUCCCAAUGCCAGUCCCGGAGGUCGUGGUGCCCUACAUGAGGCCUGUCUCGGGAACCAUACCGCCUGCGCCCGACUGCUGCUGCAGCACGGAGCAGAUCCAGAUCUGCUCAACUCCGAGGGCCUGGCACCCCUGCACCUAUGCCGCACACCCGCCUCGCUUGGGUGCGCUCGGGAGCUGCUGGAGCACGGCGCGACAGUCCAGCUGGAGGGUGGCCCUGGCCGAGACACACCGCUGCACGUGGCGGCCCAGCGCGGCCUGGACGAGCACGCGCAACUCUACCUGGGCUUCGGCGCGCGAGUGGACGCGAGGAACGGCCGGGGCGAAACGGCCCUUAGCGCAGCAUGCGGAGCGGCGGCGCGGAGCCCCGACGAGCACGCGCGCUGCCUGCGCCUGUGCGCGCUCCUUCUGCGCGGCGGCGCGGCGGCAGACGCGCGUGACGAGGACGAGCGCAGCCCGCUGCACAAGGCCUGCGGCCACGCGCGCCCCGGCCUGUGCACGCUCCUGCUGCGGCACGGCGCCGACGCGGGCGCGCUCGACUAUGGUGGCGCGUCCCCGCUGGCGCGCGCGCUGCAGACGGCCACGUGCGCGCCCCCGACAGCGCCGCAGCGCACGGUCCAGGUGCUACUAAAUCACGGAUCCCGCUCCGUGUGGCCUGAUGCCUUCCCCAAGAAAGAUGAAAAUGAGUCUCUUGUCACAGCUGGCGUUUGAUCUGCAGUGAAGGCACUCAACCUGCUCAGCGCCUUGUUAAUGAGAGCACUCUACACCUUCACAAACCCCUCGCCCCUGCUGUGCAAUUCACCUGAGGUGCCCUAUUCUGGUCACCCCAGGGUUGAGACCUCCACCCCUUGCCCUGGCUGUGCCUUUGCAAACUCUGCUGGACUCACCUUGUCACUUUCUCCAUCUGUGAGGUCAUUAUUCAUAUAAAAGACUCAUGAAGGAAAAAGACAAACAAUGCAACCACAAUAAAAUCCCUAGGCAGACGUGGA